AACUUCUCUUGUACACGUCUUCUCCCCAUUGCCCCAAGUCAAACUGGCGGGGUUUUCUCUAAACUGAAAAACAAAAUAAUCCCUGAAUGUAUUUUAGGGUUUACAAAAAAUAAAAAUGAGUGAUCAAAGUGCAGUGAAAUUCAGCGUACUAUGCAGUUUAUUCAAUUGGAUGCAAAGAAGUAAAACAUCAUCAAAGAAACGAUCAAAGUUCCGGAAAUUUCUAGAUAAUUUCUGUAAAACUGGUGAUGAUUAUUUCGGUUCAAUACGAUUGAUAUUACCAUCAUUAGAUAGAGAAAGAGGAAGUUACGGAUUGAAAGAAUCAGUACUUGCUAAUUGUUUGAUCGAUGCCGUUGGUUUAUCUAAAGAUUCUGAAGAUGCUAAGAAACUUAUUAGUUGGAGAAAAGGUGGGAGUAAAACUGGUUAUAAUGUUGGGAAUUUUGGUCUUGUUGCUGCUGAGGUACUGCAAAGAAGGCAAGGAAUGAUAUCUGGUGGAUUGACGAUCAAGGAGUUAAAUAAUAUGCUUGAUCGCUUAGCGUCAAGUGAGAAUAGAGGUGACAAGACUGCUGUACUUGCUGAUCUCAUACAGAAAACAAAUGCACAAGAAAUGAAGUGGAUUGUCAUGAUCAUUCUAAAAGACCUAAAAAUUGGAGUCAGUGAAAAGAGCAUUUUCCAAGAAUUUCAUCCAGAUGCGGAAGACUUGUUUAAUGUCACUUGUGACUUAAAACUAGUUUGUGAAAAGCUUAAGGACCGAAGUCAACGGCACAAGCGCCAGGACAUAGAAAUUGGAAAGGCUGUACGCCCUCAACUAGCUCUGAGGAUUAGUGAUGCUGCUUCUGCAUGGAAAAAGCUUCAUGGAAAAGAAGUCGUAGUUGAGUGCAAAUUUGAUGGCGACCGCAUUCAAAUUCAUAAAAGUGGACCUAAGAUAAACUUCUACUCAAGGGCUUGUGGUUAUUGGAAAGACAGGAAUUCCCAACGGAACUUUCUUGAUCACCCUGAAUAUGAGCAUGCAAUGUCAAACGUCAUCAUGCAGAAUAUCUUGGUCGAUAGGUGCAUCCUUGAUGGUGAAAUGUUGGUCUGGGACACAUCUACAAAUCGUUUUGCCGAAUUUGGGUCUAAUCAGGAAAUUGCAAAGGCUGCAAGAGAGGGAUUCGCCAGUGAUAGACAGUUAUGCUAUGUUGCAUUUGACAUUCUUUAUGUUGGAGACACUAGUGUUAUCCAUCAGAGCUUGAAAGAGAGACAUGAACUUCUUCGGAAAGUGGUAAAGCCUUUAAAGGGCCGUUUGGAAAUAUUAGUACCGGAUGGUGGUAUUAAUGCUCAUCGUUCUUCAGGGGAACCUUGCUGGUCUGUUAUUGUGCAUAAUGUUGAAAUGGUUGACAAGUUCUUCAAAGCCACUGUAGAGAAUAGAGAUGAAGGGAUCGUAUUGAAAGACCUUGGAUCUAAAUGGGAACCUAGUGAUCGAAGUGGAAAGUGGUUAAAGUUGAAGCCUGAUUACAUACACACUGGUUCUGAUCUGGAUGUUCUGAUUAUAGGUGGGUAUUAUGGUUCUGGUCGUCGAGGAGGGGAGGUUGCUCAGUUUCUGGUGGGUCUUGCGGAACCUUCAGCCUCUAAUACAUACCCCAGACGGUUUAUAUCAUUUUGCAGAGUUGGUACUGGCCUUUCUGAUGACGAGCUUGAUGCAUUGGUUACAAAAUUGAAGCCCUAUUUUAGGAAGAAUGAGUACCCAAAGAAGACACCGAGCUUUUAUGAACUAACCAACCAUUCAAAAGAGAGGCCAGAUGUUUGGAUUGAUAGUCCUGAAAAAUCAAUCAUAUUGUCCAUAACUAGUGAUAUCCGAACUGUCAGGUCUGAGGUAUUUGCUGCACCCUACAGUUUGAGAUUUCCUCGCAUUGACAGGGUGAGAUAUGACAAACCUUGGCAUGAGUGCCUUGAUCUGCAGUCUUUUGUGGACUUGGUGAACUCAAGUAAUGGCAACACUAGGGGGGCAGAUUAUGGAAGCUCUCAAUAUAAUAAACCAAAGCGCGCCAAACCCUCGAGCAAGGGAGACAAGAAGAAGGCCCCUAUUGUUCCUUCUCAUUUCCUUCGCACAGAUGUCUCCGGCAUAACAGAAGAAACCCCCAUAUUUGCAAACAUGAUGUUUUAUUUCAUCAAUGUACCCCCAAGCCAUUCUCUGGAUCUCUUUCGCAAAAUGGUGGUUGAGCACGGAGGGGAGUUCUCGAUGAACCGAAACGAUUCAGUUACUCACUGCAUUGCAGCAGAAAGAAAAGGUAUCCAAUUCGAGGCAGCAAAGCGUCGUGGAGACGUUAUUUACUACUCAUGGGUUCUGGAUUGUUGCUUACAAAAGCGUCUUCUGCAUUUGCAGCCGAAGUAUUUCCUUCAUCUCGGCGACUCAUCAAAGGAAAAAUUACAAGAAGAAGUUGAUGAAUUUGCUGAUUCUUAUUACUGGGAUCUUGAUCUCGCAGACAUUAGACAGCUCUUCAACAACAUAAAUCCAUCAGAAGAUCUAAGAAGUAUUGCCUACUACAAGAAAAAGUAUUGCCCGAAGACAAAAUGGUCCCGCUUUCAAGAUUGCUGCAUUUACUUCUACUCAUUAAAGAACUCUAUAAAUUCUGAUUGGGAGUUCCUGUUGGAGACUUCAAUAAAGAGAUUGAGGCUUCAAGUUACUAUGGGUGGAGGUGAAGUUAGCGAGAAACUUUCUUAUGCCACCCAUCUGGUAGUCCUGUCAGUACCUGGGUGUGACGUAGAAUUUGAUUCAAUACUGGAAAGCUUUGCAGCAGCAGAGAAACGUCGAUUAUGUAGCAAAAAGCUGCAUGUUGUGGCUUAUGAAUGGUUAGAGGACUCUUUGGAGAAGGACCAGAAAUUGGAUGAGGAAAAAUACAACUUGAAGCCUGACGGGUUAGAAGAGUCAAAUAUUGAAAUGAGUGAGCAUGAAAUAUCUGAUACUUCCGAAAAGGAUGGGAAGAGUAUUAGCGAGGAACCUGCGGUAAAAAAUGUGAGAACGUCAGCAGCAUCUGAGGUUGUUGGGAAACGAAAGAGAGGAAGACCCACUCUUGGAAACGCAAAAAGAGGACGAACUGUUGCCAGCCAAGCUCGACAAACGAGGGUAAAAGGUCGAACAAGGCCUGCUAAAUUAGAUCAAAGUGAACCAGAAAAAAGUGCAUCCUCUGAUGAUACAUCAAACAAAGAUGCCAUAGAGUCAAAACGAGGGGCCCAAGGAGUUCAAGGAAGCAUAACCGGUUUAAGCCAAUCUCGAAGAACACGGGCAAAGAUGGGAGCCAAGCAUGCCAAAUUAGACGAAAACGAACUUGAACUCAGUGCUGCCUCAGAAAAUGCACCUUCUAAUGAAGCCACUGAAUCAGAUAGGGGGUUUCAUGAAAUUCACGAAACAGAGACAAAAGAAGAUGAUAAAAACAGCACGAAAGAAAAAGCAGAAGUUUUUGAUGUAUCUCAAGGGAACAAUAUCAAUGGGAUAGCGUCUAUGGAAUUGGAUGGCAGAGACGACUAUCAGGACAGUGAAAAGGUCACGGGACAUAGUGAGAUAUAUAACUCGAAAGGAGAAGAAAAAAUAGAUGUUUCAGAUAAGCCGGAAGUAACACUUGAUCCUCUUCAAGCGAUGUUGUUAAAUAUGAUACCGAGCCUUGGAGUGAAAUCUGAAGCAUAUCAAUCUGCAUCUGGAAGUGAGGUACCGGUAAGAAUAGAUCCAAGCAUUGGAGUGAAGAAAACUGAGGCAUCAUCAAAACCUGCCCUCGAAGAUGAGGUACCACCAGUAAGAGUAGAUCCUGAUGCAGGGCCUGUUCAAAAGAAGAAGAAAGUCAGUUACAAGGAUGUUGCUGGCGAGCUGCUUAAGGAUUGGUAACAGGUCAUAUCCUUCUCAUGCUUUAUUACAUGUAUUACUAGUUACUCAUUCAUGACUGUGAAACUGUGUUUAUAUAUAUCCCAGGCUUUUUUUGGUUUUUCUAGGUUAAGUUGCUUUCUGUACAAACCUUAGACUUUUAUGUGCAUAUGUUCCUAACUUGUCAAGUACAUACACAAAGAAGAAACAUAAACACACACUAGAAAACCCUAGAAAGCGAAUGGCCAGAAGGACGCUGACAAUGUAAAAUUUUCUUUUUACAGACAUCAUUACAUUAUUUGGUAGAUUAUCUGGA